AUGGCCAAGUUUAUUGAUAACUUAUUAUCUACAGUAACCAAGUCGAUGCUGAGCCGAUACAUUGCUCAAAGACAACCAACUCAACUGAAAAUCGAAGACUUCUCACUUUGGGCCAAAACCUUCGGUUCAAAUUAUCAUCCAUUAUUUGUGACACCAAACAAUUCAAAUAAUAUAGUUUUAUCUUGCCAUGGUAUUGAAUACACCAAUAUUCAUGAUAAGACCAACAAAAUCAGUUAUAUUGGACUUUUCUGGAUCGAUGAAAAAUAUCGUGGGAAGGAAAUUAUGAUGCAUUUGACAAAAUAUGCAUUCACUAAUCCUGUUUAUAAUAAUCCAUUUCAUUCAGUUAUGAGUAAGAAUUUUCCUAGAUAUUUUAUCACAAUUAUUUGAAUUUUAGAACCUUCGGUUUUACGAUGCUUCACUAUAAUCAGCGGUGACUUCAAUGAAUUUUACAAGAGUUAUGAAUCAACUUAUCAUAAACGUGAGCUCAACUUGUGUAUCCCUAAAAAUGAUACCGGAAUAAUUUUGAAAAAAGUGUCCGAAGUUCCUUCUGAUCUUCUAACUUCUUACGAUCAACAAAUUUUUCCAUACAACAGAGCCACUUAUAUUAAAGAUUUUUUGGAGCAGGAAAAUUGUUACUCAAGGAUAGCUCUGAAUUCAAGUGGGGAGAUUAUCGGUUAUGGAAAUAUUGUACUUUUCAAAUCAACAAAGACUGCACAAAUUCAACCACUGUACGCUAAAAAUGCUGAAACUGCAAGAGCAAUUUUGUCUGAAAUUCUGACAACAGAAAAUUUUGAAUUCGAAGAACUCGCAUUUCGGUCCAAUGAUAGAAAUGAAGAGAGCUAUAAAUGGAUCGAGCCAUUGCUCAUAAAUAGCGUAAAUAUUCGUCGGGAACUUAUUUCAACUUAUGGCUACAGUUUUCAUCCUCCAAAAGUUGAUUUGUCUAAAGUUUUUGCACCGGCAAGCACUACAGUUUGUCCAAUUUAA